UUAAGUUGCAACGAACUCAAAACUGAAUUUUUUUACGUACACAUUAUACUCACAGCUAAGUUGAAUAAAACUGUGGAAAAAUAAUUGUAAUUUUGAAAAGAAUGAAAGUCGUACAGAAAUAUUUGUGAUUCUAAUUUACGAAUGGAAUUUGGAGUAUAGAAUUUGUUUGCUAUGAGGGUGUAAAGUGGAGUAUUUUUUAUAGACACAAUAGUACAUAAUAAAUAUACAUAUAUGUAUGUAUAUAUGCAUAUAUAUUUAUAUAUGAACUUGAAAUAAAAAUAAAAUAUGUACCUAUAUAGGUAAAAAUCAAGAAAUAAAAAAUUAAGAGCAGUGAAGUGAUUGUGAAACCGCAAGCAACAAAAACUGUGAAUAUUCUGCCAUAUGUAGAUACAUACAGAGAUAUACCUACAUAUAUACGAGUAUAAGUGUACACGUACGUGAAUAUACCCAAGAUUAUUUAAUUACUUUAAAGUGUUGUUUUUUCUUCAUGUGAUCGGUGAAAAUUUCGCAACUGAAUUUGUGUCAGCGAGAGUCCUGAUUUUUGUUUAAGAGCAUAUACACCGUUACAUACAUAUGCAUGUAUGUAGAUUUAUAAAAUUUAAAACGCAGUUGCAGAGACUUUUAAAAGGCUAAGACGCACACGGCAAAGUUCGCAGUUACUCGUAGCAUAAAUAAUUGUGUGGUAACCCAUUGACGAGCCAAUCGCACGGGGCAUUCACUCAGUUAGUCUUUUGUGUCGCAAGACGAAAAUUGUAGUCUUUGCUAUUGAUCAGUCACAACAUUGAGCAGUAGGAAGUCGAACGCCCAAACAAGCGGUACAUUGUGAACACCGGCAGGAACCAAAAAUUUUAAUUAAUUUAACUAUUGACGAAUAGCACUAAGGAAUUGUCGAAGCUUUAACCCACCCGGGAUAAUAUACGAUUUCCGUUCAACGAAAUGGAGGAACAAAGCGAACUUACUGCACAACAAGAAACACAACAACAACAACAACAGCAACACGUACCUACAACAUUCGCCAAUCAAUCUAGAACAGCAGCAGCUCAACCCCCGCCACCACACGAUGACGACGCCUGGUGGUGGGAGGUGGAGAAUGGUGAUUUGAUUUUAGAUCUCGUGCCAAAUGUUGAUACGCAAAGUGAAAGUGAAAAUAUCAACCAAAACAACAACAACAGCAACGCGAGCAGUAACAACAAUGAACUAUCGGCAGAUUUUGCCUCAUUGUUAAAGCGUGACGAAAAUGUAAAUGCGACAUUUAUAGCGAACAAUACAAAUGCAAUUGAAUGCAGUGUUGAUCAAGCAAUUGCCGAAGGCAUCGAUGAAGCAUCAGGCUGUAAGAAACCCCGAACAGGCGGCGAAACGUUGGAAGACAGCAACGCAACUUAUCGCACGCUCGACUCACAUGACUCACCCGCACCCAACAAUGCAGCAACUGCAGCAGCAGCUGCCGCUGCAGUACACGAACAAACACUCGAAGAAUUUAAGGAGGAAUUGCGCAUCAAACGGCUGGCUCGCCAGACGGCCGUGCAAAAUUUACGUGAUGAAAUCGCCACAUUGCGCAGACAAUUGGCCGAAGAGCAAGAGCUAACACGGCGUUUGCGACGUAACGAUGCUGUCGAGCUGUUGAGUACCGAUGUGGAUGUGUCGGUGGCGGAAGAGGAGGGUGCCAUUGGUGGCGCCAGUGCUGAACCCGAUGCCGACGAUGAAGAUCCCCAGAGUCGCGGUCGUCAUGCCAACAUUGAGUUGGCUAAUGCGCAGCUCGCACUCCAGAUGGCUAAUGCGGAGAAUUUAUCGUUGCGUACUGAGUUGGGUGUUGUACAAAAACAAGUUGGCACUCUGAAGGAAGUCAUUGCUUGUUGCAAGCAGAUGCUGAGCGUCAAGGAGGAGCAGUGCGUGCAGCUAAAAAAUAAACUAGACGAAAUUGAGACAGCAUUCGGCGAACGUGAAAUGAAAAUCAUGUCGAGCAGCUUGCGGCAGGAAUACGAACGCCAAUUAGGCAACAUACGACAAUUGCGUCAAUUAUACGAAGAACGACAACGGAUCGCUUUGGCAGAGCAAGAGAAUUUGCAGAGGUUGAUUUCGAUUAAACGAGAUGAAUUGGCAGCUGAGCAGCAAAAAACAAAAAACUUUGAAGAGCAUAAUCAAACAUUGAUGAAGGAAAUUGAAAGCGCAAAUAACGAAUUGGCAACAUUGCGCGAAGAAUGCAACGAACACAAAUUCGAAAAGAAAGCUCUCAAAGAGGAAAUGGGCGCUGUCAAUACGCUUUUCAGCCAGAUGGUGAUGGGCUUCAACGAUGAGAAUAGCUUGGAUAUUGAUCGACUUACAAUGAUGCUGGAGGAGAACCGCGGGCUGCUCAACGACAUGGCAACUAAAGAAGCAAACUGCACUGAUGGUGCAACGUUGCCAAAAUUAUUAUUCGAAUUAGUCGAACAAGCGGCGAUAAGUGGCAAGGCUGCAGAGCGUAAUCGCAGUCCAACUCCUACAUUCGUGGACGGCAGCGCAGGUGAAGAUGAGUACGGGGUGGAUGGAGUGGAUGGAGUUGCACCGAACGCGGUUGACAGUGUUGACGCAGCAAUAGAACAUAAUUUGAAUGGAGAUGAAGCCUCGUCGUGCUCCGCGACUGAACUGGACACUGCUGCGACAGACCACAACAAUACCAACAACAAGACUGUAAAAGUUGGCGCUACUGUUUCCACUGCUACUUUAGCCGCCUACUGCGGUAGAAAACAUCAUCGCAAAAGCGUUGGCAACCGGAUGAAAUUACCAGCCACCACUGCCGCAGCAGACAGCAACGCAACGGAAUCUUGCACAUUGAAAAUCCACGAACCAGAAGUUAUGAGUAAAGUUGCAACGACACAAGAAAUUAUUGGUAACUUGCCGAAAGUUUGGAAAGUGCUAAUGGAGCUCUUAAGUCACCACAAAAUCGAGCGGGUGCAAUUUGAGGAGCAUGGCGCUAGUGAGGAUUGUUACAAAUCCGUUGAGACGGCCAAUGGACCAAAGGCGGAACUGAGCGUCAGCAAGACAUAUAUUAAGUUAAAGGAUCUAAUAUUGGAGAAAAAAUCCCUCGUUAAAGAAACUAAUCGCUUGAAGACGUUAAACUGCCAUCUUGAAUAUCGACUGAACGAGCAAGAGAAGCGUUUAAGUGCUGUUAGUUUGGAGUUGACAAAAACUUGGCAUUUGGUUGGCAAAAUGCAACGUCAACAUCGUCAAUUGCACACACAAGAGCAAAUAUUGCGCUAUCAAUUGCAGCAGAAGCGACGCUUGCUAACUGAACUCAAAGACGAGCUGGAGUAUUGUCGGCGCAAAUGGGCGGCAGCACGUGCCAAAAACGACGAGAGUCAAGAGCAGUGGAAUGAUUUACGACGCGAAUUUGCAUUGCGAAAACUGGAACAUGCCAAUAAUUCAGCCGAGAGUGGCUACAGUGACUCAGGACAGGUCUCUGAUGAGGAAAUGGGUGCGACAGCUGGUAGAGACGUAACCAUUGGCAUAGAAAGUACUUCUACUAGUGGAAGUGGUGGUGGUAGUGGUGGUUGUCCAGGUGGAGUUGGAGGUGCGGCUGCUGCUUGUAGGCGUAAAAGGUUGAAGGAAAUGUUUGAACAUACACGCAAGAUAAAGCGCAUGCAAAGCACUUCGCCUGGACGUGCCGGCGAUGAUACUGCCGAGAUAGUGUUACGUUGGAAUAGUGCGCCACCAACUUGUGGUUGGCGGAAUAGCGACGUUGAUAAUAAUACCGUUGCCGACUUGUAUGACAAUGACGAUGAAGAGAAUAAUGCCAGUGGGGACGAUGGUGCCAUUGGAGGUGUAGAAGAUUUGGCAGGUAUAACGACUGUAUCUAGUAGCGGUGCUAUACCAAAAAGCGGUAUUACACGCAACAGACACCGCAGUAGACGAGAAACUACGGGGACAGCGGGAGCUGCCGAAGUGGUCGGUGCGGAUGGCAUGCGAGGAGAACGUACUGAACGUAUACAAAGACUUGAAGAGCAAUGCAAAUCGUUGAUUCAACAAGUACUCGAGACAUCCGACAAUCGUGAGCGUUUAGAGGUACAACUACGUAGCUUUCAAGAUGAGAUCGCGCCAGUACAGUAUGCGGUACCGUUGAAUGAUUUGAUUAAAAAGAAACGUGUCGACCGCAUGACACGUGCCAGUUCAGUGCCUGUGACCGGCUCACUUACACCACGUGAGGAGGAGUAUACGCGCAAACGUUCGGAACGGUUGGAGCGUCUCGAGGAAGAGAGUCGUCAAUUACUGUCGCGCAUCAAACGCACGAGUGAUCGCGGUCAUUAUUUGCGUUGUUCAUUGGAUCGCUUACGACGCGCACCAAGUCGAGAGGGCAGCUUCGAGAGCAAUACCGAAGAAGAGUCGAGCAAAUCGGAAGAAAGGCCGCGUAAAUGUGUAACCAAUGAAAAUGAACGGAAGACUGAGUAUGUUGAAGAGAAAAAACCUGUAGCUGAAAACACCGACGAAGUGCAGGAGCCCGGGGCGCAAAUUCAGCCGAAUCCACUGACCGCCAAUGAAGAGGCCUAUACGGCACGUCGUUCUGCUCGUCUACAGCGUUUGGAAAACGACAGCAAGGAGUUAUUGAACAUACUUUCACGCAAUAAUGAACGAGGCCAGAAACUCGGCCAUAAAUUGGAGGCGUUACAUGAACAGCACUGCGAUGUGCCAACACAUGGAGUGGAUACCCUUGCCGCCUCCGCGACGCAGGCUCCAAAUACGUCACAACCUUCUGCGCCAUUUAUGGGCAUUGGACAACGCUUGGGGAAUAUUGAACAAAUAUCCUCAAAUCGUAUGGAACGUCUGCGUAUAUUGGAAGAAGAAGGCAAAGAGUUGCUUAACCGAUUGGCGGGCACAUCGGCGCGUGGCACGGAGAUGAUCAAUCGUAUAGCUGCGCGAGAACAAAAUCGUCAAACAGGUGUGGUGAAGAAAUCUGAUGAUGAAGUGGCUUCGAGUGCCACUACGAAUGUUAAGGAUGAUGCUGAGGAGGAUGAGUGUGCGGCGGGUAUGGAGGCAACUGCAGUAGCUUCAUCACUUUUGCCAACACUCAACAAUGUGGCAUGUUCCAGUAUUGUUUCUGAAGAAUUGACGGAUCACGUAACAGUUACCACAAUACCUAGUCAAAUCGCCGCGCAACAAGGCGCUAUACCAAAACAAUCUUCCGGGUUGGUAUUGAAUGCGGCGAUUCGUGCUGAGGCUGCGAGCAGCAAGGAACUGAAACAGAAUAAUCAGGCAAUUGGAGACAGUUUAGAGGAUAUGGUGAGGCAACUGAGGGAAAUACCAUUCCCAGAAGAACAAAAUAUGGCAGCAGAGAUCGAAACCGAAACAGAAGUAGUGGAGCAAGCAUCAGUAGAAGAAGAACGACAAGAAAUUGUUAAGACCGAUGAAGAGUAAAGUAAACGCGAUACUAGUGAUUAUUUAAUUAAAUAUUGAAAAUUGAAUGUAAACUUACUUGUAGAUUCUGAUCUGUAACUGCUACUACUACUAUUAUAAAUACGCCCUUAUUAUAAAACGUGUUGUACUUUAUAAAUGUAAGGAAAGACCUCCUCUUCGUGUUCAAGAAAAUU